AUGUCUAGUCCUAGACGUAGGAUUGAGACUGAUGAUGUAUGCGAUACCUUUUCAAAUCCCGUCCGAUCGAUCUUAUGCUUCAGUGCUUACCAGGAGUAUAGGUUGAUGUCGGAUUAUGAGGUGACACUUGUGAAUGACAAUACACCAUUCGAAGGCGGCCUUUGGAAAAUCCAUGUCGAACUACCGGACCAAUACCCUUACAAGUCCCCCAGCAUCGGCUUUGUGAACCGCAUCUUUCACCCCAAUAUCGACGAGUUGUCCGGAUCCGUCUGUCUCGAUGUCAUAAACCAAACGUGGUCGCCUAUGUUCGACAUGAUAAACAUCUUUGAGGUUUUUCUUCCGCAGCUACUCAGAUAUCCAAAUCCGACGGAUCCACUGAAUGGAGAGGCGGCUGCGCUACUCAUGAGGGAUUCGAAAGCUUAUGAUUCGAAGGUGAAAGAAUAUGUUACGAAAUAUGCGAGUAAAGAUGCGGCAGACGAUGCGGGCGUUGAUGAAUCAGACGACGAUUCAAUGUCUUCGGUAGCGAGUUUCGACGACGAUGAUAAUGAAGAAGCUGCGGGUACAAUGGAGGAAAUCUAA